UCCACCAAAGAAACUUUAACGAACAACGUGUGCUCUUGCAAAAGUUAUUCCAUCCAGUGACAUGGCUAGUGUACGCUUCUUUCUGUACAACGUUUGCUGUUUGGUGGUGAUUUUCGGUAAUUUGCAAACGACCUCGGCUAAACGAUACUGCGGCGUCCAGCUUACCAAUGUGCUGAGUUUUCUCUGCGUAGAAUAUUACUCUAUGGAUGAUGUGAAACGGAACACCGGAUUCGGUGAGAAACUGAUUGGACAUCCAGAAACGUACCAGCUCGGCUCGUCUAGCGAAGAUAGCAACGAAGAAAUGAGCUUCAACGAAGUGCCACAGUUCGAGCAAAACGUGGUCCACAAAAAUUGGUUCCCGCGUUGGUUUAAGCUGAAAUCGCCGUCGCACGACACCACACGCUACGGGAGAGCAUUUCAUAAAGGUGUAAUGGAACGGAUCCGACGAAAUGUUGCCGACGAGUGUUGCUACAAGGACUGCAGCAUGGAUCAGUUGUUAUCCUAUUGCAAGGUAGCAGCACCGGGCGUCGUGAGUUUGUAGAAUGUUGCACGUUUCGGUAAAAUAUUUCGAUAUGCGUUUCCAAAGCCAAGACUUUCAGAAGAAAACAAGAGAGGGAAGCCAGAGCUAACCAGCGGCGAGUCUAGUGAGUUUACUUUUAGUAGCUUUAUGCGCCCAGCGGGGGAGAAAAAUCAACGGGCACAUCCUUAGCGCUAUGAGAUAGAAUAAUCAUGUAAUGGGAAGAUCCGCAAUGUCUAAUUCAGUGGAGCUAUAAAUAGAGUUAUUG